ACGAUUUUAGAUUUAAUAUUAAUAUUAAUUAACGCGCAAUAAUUUCUUGGAAGACUGCAAGAGUUGAACAAUUUUUUUUUUAAAUUUAACAAUUGAAAGAUGAAACUAUUAGUAUUGAUUUCUGCAUUCGAAUGAGAAUUUAUGGUUUUUUAUUUGUUUUGUGUCAACUAUGACGUCGUCAAGUCCCAAACUUUCUUAGCAUCGUUUGGGGCUGGAGGAGAAACUAUAAAUAGCACACACUACACGGAAAUAGACGUGGUAAACAGUGGGGCAGUUUGAUUUCAGAGAGAAAUGCGUAAUUCUUGAAGACGUAAACGAUUCAGACAGAAGAUCCUUUUUGUCAGUGGAGUGCAAAAUACAAAGAUGAACAGGAAGCAACAAAAGACGCUGAAGUUGUUAAUGUGGUCGCUGGGACUCACUCUGGCGGUUUACAUAGCGGGACGACCCUUGUAUUGGCAACUCACCGAAGGUUUCGCCACCGUUCGCCAUGACGCCUCGCCGCCUUCUUGUCCUCCUUGUCCCUGCGAUUGCUCUCUUGAACCCCUUCUUUCUCUUCCCGACGGAUUAAGCAACAACUCCAUUAUAGAUUGCAUGAGACAAGAUCCAGAGGUGAGCGAGGAGAUGCAGAAGGGUUUUUUGGAUCUGUUGUCAGAAGAAGUGAAGUUAAAAGAAGCUGAAGCUCUGGAAAAACAUCAGCGUGCUGACAUGGCUCUUUUAGAUGCUAAGAAAGUAGCAUCGCAGUAUCAAAAGGAGGCUGACAAGUGCAAUUCAGGGAUGGAGACAUGUGAGGAGGCAAGGGAAAAAGCAGAAGAAGCACUUGAAGAUCAAAGGAAAAUAACUGCUUUGUGGGAGCUCAGGGCUCGCCAAAGAGGAUGGAGUCCACAGUGACCACUUGUGCCCAAAUUAGAAUAGGGCAGUGCCCUUUAAUCUGAGUAAAAGUAUUCAUCUGACAUCUUUAUCGUUAGUUAUUUUUUAUUAUCAUCAUCAUUAUCGUUUACAUUCACUCUUUUUUUUUUUUGUGUGGUUACUUGGUAUGAGUUAUUAAGAAGUAAUUUCACACGAAAAUUCUGGUUUCAGACCGGUUUGACUCUUGUUCCUGUUUGGCUUUGUUCUUAAUCAACUCUCAGGUUAGUGUUUAAUCUCCUUGUAUCAUCUCUUCGUUGGGUUUAGAGUUCAUGAAGAAGCACUUUUCGAGUGUCAGUACAGAAAUGUCAUCAUCUUCCUGAUUAAGUGAUUAUUCCUGAAUCUCAACUU